ACGCAUAGGGAUUUUCAACGGUUAAACCUUAAUACGAAAGAAACCGCGUCCGACGUUAUCGGCUAGGAACUCGGGGGGUUGAUCGGGACGGUCUAUCUCGGACCGAAUUGCCUCGUUUAAUGAUAGGGUAACCCUAUCACUACCCUACAUAUAUAGAACGUAGCAUUCUCUGACAUAUUCCUCGUAAAAGAUUCCGAGAGAAAAGAGAGCGAGAGAGAUCCGAGGUAAAACAGGAAAGGUUCUUUCAUAUUUCAUCGUCCUUUUGGUCUGUCUCGUGGGGAUCUGUCUGUCCCAUUCACUUUUCAAAGAUGCCUCAAGGAACCCUCGAAGUCCUUCUUGUUUGUGCCAAGGGACUGGAAAACACCGAUUUUCUCAAUAACAUGGAUCCGUAUGUCAUCCUCAUUUGCCGCAGUCAAGAGCAAAAAAGCAGUGUUGCAUCAGGAAAAGGGACUGAACCGGAGUGGAACGAGAAUUUUGUCUUCACAAUUUCAGACAGUAUUUCAGAACUCACACUGAAAAUAAUGGACAGCGAUGCUGGUAGUGGCGACGAUUUUGUGGGAGAAGCUAACAUUCCACUAGAGCCAUUGUUUAUGGAAGGAAGCCUCCCUCCAGCUGCAUACAAUGUAGUUAAGGACGAAGAAUUUCGUGGAGAGAUUAGAGUUGGCCUCACUUUCACUCCUGAGGUGCACGGCGAGCGAGAUUUUCGCGGGGAAGAGGAAAGCUAUGGUGGAUGGAAAGAGUCUGCCAUAUAGAGAAUGAUCAACUCAAUCAUUCAGCAGCUUUUUCUAGAACUUACCAUUACACCAUUAUCUGGGAAUUGAAAUCAUAAGCUACAUGUUUUCUUCGACUGAUUCUAGCUUCCCUUCCUAUUGUAGGGUUUUGUUUGACCGAGUUCUUGGUUUGAAUAUGUUUGUGAUUGAACAUCUGGUUUUGUUUGAAUCAAUAUAAAUACAUAAGCUGGUUGGUAUUUUUGUGGAGA